UGUCCCGAAUACGGCGACAUCCAGGAUAAACUACAGCGCUUGGAAAACGACCGUGAAAGUCUGUCGUUGCAGGUGUCUGUGUUGGCCGAACAAGUUGGUGCACAAACGGAGAAGAUCAAAGAUCUGGAAAUGAUGUUACAGGACAAAAAGUCAAAACUUGACUCCACUGAGGAGAUGCUUCACGAGCUGGUGACUCGCAGCACUUUGGAGACAAAUAAACUGGACAUGAUAGCCGAAAUUUCGAAGCUUAAGCUGAGAACGGCAUCGCUUGAGCGAGAUAAGCUUGAGCGGGAGCAGCAGCUUGCCGUGAGAAUCCGGAGAAGUAACAAAAGGUUGUUGUUCUUACCGUCAGAAGUUUACUGGUAA